UUUCUAAGUAAUUUCUUUGACACUAUUACACAUUUUGGGUUUUUCAAUGGAGGUCCAAUAGCUGAUAAUUUAUUUUAAUAUGUUCUGUAUUUGAGCUAAGUGUGAAAACGAAACCCAGGUUCCGUAACUGAGUGUCUCGCUAUUUUUUAACUUUGGUUUUCAUCCGACUUUCCAGACAUUUAAGAGGAUUAAAAAAAAAAAAAAAGGAAAAGGAGAUGUAAAAGAAAAACAAAAAAAACUACAACUCCCAAGAUGCUUGUGGCUUUAGGGCGGGAUCUGUGAGCACACCACAGGGGUAGAGCGAGCCGAGGAAGCCAUUUUUACUUGAAGUUGAGCAGAUAUGGGUAGGUUGUGAUUCAGAACAUUCUGCAUAAUACAGCGAAUUAAUUUUUGCGGUUUUCGUUAUAUAUUUAUUCAUUCGCCAGCCAAAAAGCCAUAAUAGCGCUAGGAGCUGCAUUUGGUUCAUCUGACAUGGGAGCAGAUAAGAGAGUUAGCCGCACAGAGAGAAGUGGAAGGUAUGGACCGGACUCAUCACGAGAUGAUGGGGACUGGCGGGACCGACGAGACAGAGAUAUGGAGCGAGAGUAUGACUCAAGGCGGUGGGGCGAUGAGAGGCGUAGUGACCGCUAUGAAGGGGAGCGCUGUAGACAGGAAAGCCCCGAGCAGCGAGAAAGGAAGCGCCGCAACAGUGACAGGUCUGAAGAUGGCUACCACUCUGAUGGAGACUACCCCGAUCAAGACUACAGAGGCGAACCAGGGGAGGAGAAGGAGAGCAAGACCAUAAUGCUCAGAGGCCUAUCUCUCCAAGUAACUGAGGCAGAGGUUCGGGCUGCUAUAGAUCAACUUGAGGGACCCAAACCUGCAGAUGUCCGGUUGAUGAAGAAGCGGACAGGUAUAAGCCGAGGUUUCGCCUUCGUGGAGUUUUAUCACUUGCAAGAUGCUACCCGAUGGAUGGAGACCAAUCAGAAACUGCUGGUGAUCCAGGGGAAGACUGUGGCCAUGCAAUACAGCAACCCCCGACACAAGUUUGAGGACUGGCUCUGCAACACAUGUGGCCUGUACAAUUUCCGGAGGAGGCUGAAGUGCUUCAGGUGUGGAGCAGCCAAAGUUGAAGGUGAGGCCACCACGACUACUGGAGUAACAGAACCCCAGCAAAGUGGAGAUUAUUGUGGAGACACUAUAAUUCUGAGGAACAUCGCCCCUCUGACAACAGUAGAGGCCAUCAUGGCUGCACUGGCUCCCUAUGCCAACCUCUCUGCAAGCAACAUUAGACUCAUCAAGGACAAACAGACUGGGCAGAACAGGGGGUUUGCCUUUGUUCAGCUUUCAUCUCCACUAGAGGCUUCCCAGCUUCUCAUGAUCCUUCAAGGGCUCCAGCCACCGCUCAAACUGGAUGGCAAGACUAUUGGAGUGGAUUAUGCCAAAAGUGCAAGGAAAGACCUUGUCUUACCUGAUGGAAACCGUGUCAAUGCUCUUUCUGUGGCCAGCACAGCUAUUGCUGCUGCUCAGUGGUCUUCUAGCCAGCCACAGCAUAGUGGGGAUGGAGUUUUGGAGUACAACUACUUGCAGGAGGGCUUUCCCCCAUAUGCACAGUAUGGUCAGGAUUACGGUACAUAUUAUCAUCAAGCGGGAAGACUGGAUGCUACACCUGGAGAUGGAUUGCUUGGUGCUGCUCCUGGGGUGAAGAUUGUCCCAGCUGUUUCUGGAGUGGUAGUGUCUCAGAGUGCACAAGUUUACCAGCCCCAUAUCGUUGGCCAGCCAGUCUCACAGACUUCACAAACACCUCAGCAGACAGAGGUGGUUACACAGUCUACAAGCAUCACUGCCAGUGUAACCAUAACGGCUCCGCCUGUUUUUGCCACCUCAGCAGCUGCAACUACAACAAAAACUGUAACACCUGCAUCUGAUAAUAAAUUGGUUGUUCCUGACACCUCCACAUACCAGUAUGAUGAAUCCUCAGGUUACUACUAUGACCCACAGACAGGACUCUAUUAUGAUCCAAACACACAGUAUUACUACAAUUCACAGACACAGCAGUACCUAUACUGGGACAGUGAAAAACAGUCCUAUAUACCUGCAGCAGACAACGGUUCAGCACAGGCCUCAAGUGCCAGCAGCUCGACAGCUGCAACCACCAAGGAGCCUAAAGAGCCCAAGGAGAAGAAGGAGAAGCCCAAGAGCAAGACUGCACAGCAGAUAGCCAAAGACAUGGAGCGUUGGGCAAAGAGCCUCAAUAAACAAAAAGAGAACUUCAAGAGCAGCUUCCAGCCUGUGAGCCAGGAGGAGAGAAAGGAAGCAGCUGCUGCAGAUGCAGGGUUCUCUUUGUUUGAGAAAAAGCAGGCUGGCAUUUUGGACAAGCCACAGUUGGUAGCUGAGCCUAUGAAGAAUAAUGAUGAGGAAAACCAAGCAAAGGUCGGCUUGGUAGCAGCGUAUAGAGGUGAUAGUGAUCCUGAGGAGGCAGAGCCUGAACGAAAUGAGGAGGGGGCUGAUAAGUUGACAGACUGGAAGAAGAUGGCCUGCCUUCUGUGUCGAAGACAGUUCCCCAACAAGGAAGCACUAGUGCGACACCAGCAGCUCUCUGACUUGCACAAGCAAAACAUUGAAGUUUACAAAAGAUCCAGGUUGUCUCAAUCAGAACUAGAGGACUUGGAGAGGAAAGAAACUGAGAUGAAGUACAGAGACCGAGCAGCUGAAAGGAGAGAGAAAUACGGCAUCCCAGAGCCUCCAGUGCCUAAAAAGAAGAAAUUUACCCAGCCUCCCACUGUGAACUAUGAGCAGCCCACAAAAGAUGGUCUAAACAGUGACAACAUCGGGAGCAAGAUGCUGCAGGCCAUGGGCUGGAAGGAGGGCAAGGGCCUUGGCCGCAACCAGCAGGGAAUUACGGCGCCCAUUGAGGCUCAACUGCGGACAAAAGGAGCAGGCUUGGGAACCAAGGGCAGCUCUUAUACCCUCUCAGCAUCCGACACCUACAAGGAUGCUGUGCGCAAAGCCAUGUUUGCUCGCUUCACUGAAAUUGAAUGAGCUGUUCGUCCAUCCCUCCCAUAAUGACCUGAGAACCCACAGGGCUGACAGUGGAGAAGUAGUAGUUUUUGGUCACCUCUCAAGCUAUGACUUGUAUAGGUGGUCCUGAAUGUCUGGUGUUGAAGGGGGUCAAGAAAGCGGCUUUCAUUUCCCUAGGUUAAUGCGGUAUGUGAGCUGUGGGAGCAGAAUAAAGCUCUUUUUUUGUCAUCUGUGGUUUUCAGCUGAACCACUUUGUUGGAACAAAUGUGAUCAGUGUAUUUGAAGGUAGAUGUUCAUCUGGAAAAAGAUGUCUUAUGUUUUUGUGUAAAUAGCCUUGUUAAAAUGUUCUGUUUUGAAUUGAAUGCUUUGUUGGAAGUGUGUGCAUGUUCAAAAAUGUACAGUUUGUAGAUU